AUGGUACGACAACGAAAGCAAACCGAUGCUGAAAAAAGAGAAAAAGCCCGCGACAGGAAACGGGAACAACGACAAAAGGAAGCCGAAGAGAAAGAGCAGUCAGGAAUUUCAGGAGUUCCAAAAUCCAACAAACCGGGAUUGAAGAAUAUGACCACAGAGGAAUUGAAGGAAUAUAGACGGCUUCAAAAGAGCGAAUCCCGUGCACGACAAAAGCUAGCAAAGGUCGAGGAAACAAAAGAUGAUGGAAAAGAUGACUUCGAGGAUGAUACUAUGGAUUCAACAUCAGAAGUGACCAAGAAAACAACAAAAGAAGCGGAGAAGAAACCACGGAAACGUCAAGCAGAUACGUCCAAAUCCAGCAACGUCCCAACACCUACUCCAAAAAAAGCGUGUACAAAGGAAAUCGUCCCGCAACGUGUACCAGGAGGAAAGAAGAACUGUAAAGUUCGCAUUGGACUCAUCGAUAUUUUCGAUGUCGAAACCAAUGCAAUUGUGGUUCCCUACUAUGACGGCCACAGUUCUGAGGAUAUAUCAGUGUAUCAGAGGAUGCUGACAAUGUUCUCGAAAUUGGAUAAGACUAAAGUUGACAGUUUUAAGGAAGAUUUCGACAAUAAUCUCCACGAUAAACUGAAAAACUAUGAGUCUGAACUCAUUGAUUGGGGCUUCCAAACUGAUAUUGGUACCACGAGACGAACAAUUCUUGUGAAACCACCUUACCUGAAAAAUGAGAAACUCACCAUCCUUUCCGAGACUCACUUACGUGCUUCCUAUUUGUCAUGCUUGUUGACAGCCGACAAAGCGAAUAUUAACAGUCUUGCAUUCCCUAUUUUCGGAGUCCAUGGAUGUUACAAAAAAUCUAUUGCUAUUUGUCUGCAAACUGUUUUUGCAUACAUGGAAUCAGUUAAACAUACCAACUUGCAACUGAUCUAUUUUGUCACAGCCAAUCUUGAUGCGUACAAUGACAUUGGCGAAUUUCUCUCUUACAUCAGAGAAUUCGACCUUACCCAUUGGACGAAGGAAGGCUUAUAUUUUGGCUAUGAAGACCACGUUUUUGACAAAUUCAAGACGAACGUCUAUUACGCGACAAUCCCGGGAACCGACAUGACUCGAAGAUGUUUCAAGCUCAGCCAUGAUCGCAAAAUGAACGCGAAUGCGACGGACGAAGCCUUACGGAAAAUCCAUGCGUUGAUGUUGAAACAAACUGGAAUCAAUGACACCGUAGGAUUCAACAUCUACAAGAAGUCGGCUCGCAAGGGACUUAUCCAGGGAACGCAGUCAAUCGAAAAUGGUGCCAGCAUUGACGUGGUCCCAACAUUUCAUAAUUUGCUCGAUGUGAGAUUCGAUAUGGAACAUUUCUGUGGAUCAAACAAGAUGUUGCGAAAACUUUGGAUUCUAUCUUACUACUACAUGUACUUCCAAGACAUGUCAGUGGCCCAACUGCACUACUCGCCGAAACACGAGGAUUACUUACGCCGUCAACGCACUUUCCAUGGGCAGAAAUGGCUUCAUCGACACGUGGUUCAAAUGUGGAAGGACACGCUCACAAAAGCUCCAUACAAAUGCAACUGUCUUUCGACAAGCGACAUUCAUGAGCACCUCUCAGUGUUCAUGACCCAAUUGAGUCAUCAAGACAACAUUAUCAAAAAUUGGACACUCGAUCGUAGAUGUUUUGCCUUUUAUCACGAAGAUGACAUAUUGGGAAGCAUUGAAGCGUACCAGCCGGUGUUCAUUUAUGGAGAUGGAAAAUUCAAGUCAAUGGCAGCAAGGACCUCAUCUGAUUUCCACAAGAUUAUUGAACCUCAAUUCAAGAAAUGGUAUGAUUUACGAGAGGGAGUCUUCGUCAGACAACUCGAACGCUUGGAGCAACUGAUGGCAGAUACCGAUUUUUGCGAGAAAGUUGGAAACGACCACAUCUUGCGUUGCUAUGAUCCGGUUAAGUAUGACAAAGAAAUCGUGACUGGAGAUUGUGAUUCGAGAAGAAAGAAGCUGCUUGAUGCUUUAAAAGCGGCAAGUAUUGCUGUUAACAACGCAACAUCGGCGGAAGAUCACGAACGAUCAAUGGAACAGUUCAAAAAGUGCGAGACUGCCGUCUUCAAACACCACAAUCAACUUCAUCUCAAUGAAGAUCUUGAGGUGGAAAAAUGCCUUCGGAAUCGAAUGUUCCGGUUUUAUGGACCAGCUAUGAUCGACGUUUUGCACCCAAACCCGGCCGAUGAUGAAGAUGACAUGGAUUAUUACAUGGAUGAUGAAGAUGACGAUAUGCCUGAUGAGGAGCAAUUGUGGGAAUUCGGUGAUAAAAUUUGCACUGUAGACGUCUACAUUGCACGAAAGUUGGCUUCGCUCAGAUUCAAAGUUAUCAACGUUUCUCCAUUUGCCAAAUGUCACAAUCCACACGAUUCUGCGUUUCCCACUUCCAAUAAUGCCGCCAAAUAUCCCGCAUAUAUCGAUAUUGGAGACCGAGACGUUCCAUGCCCAUGGUGUGGAGCAUUGAAGUUUGCUUGUGAAACAUCGUGGAACUGUUGCAAGAACGGAAAAGUCUGGAUUCCACCAAUGAAACGUCAACCAAAACCCGUCGAAGGAGUGUUUGCGUACAAAUACAGAAAACAGCUGACACAGAUUAAUGCUGCGUUCUCUAUGGCCAGCAUUCGAUACAACCGUCAAGACCAGGCACCAAGAGGAAUCAACACUAUGAAGGUCAAAGGAGUCGUCUCGGCUCAUCCUUCGGCUCUCAAUGCAAAAAGUUCGGCUCCACCAAGAUAUGCCAAUUUUAUAGUUCUUCAAUGUGAGAACAAGCAAAUUGCCGAGGAACGAGCUAAAACAUUGAAAACAUCAGUCAAAAAGGAUCUGGCCAGACUUUUCGAGGAAAUUCAGGAGUAUAUGGACGAAAACAACCGAUUGUAUGAGUCCUACAAGAGCAUGAAGGAGAUCGAGAAGGAAUUUUUGGACGCCGGACAUCAAGCAGGAUAUCUCGGAAACGAGCAACUUCGAUUCCGGAUUGUGUCCCCAUCUGAACUGUCCGAAGAUGAGAUGAAGGCUCUUCAGUUCCACAAUGGAGUGUAUUGCCGUCCAAGUCGGAAAGGAGAUGGAUACAUCUCAGUUGCAUUCACAUGGGAUGGCCACGAUUCGAAUAUGCUGCCAAGAGGACUCGACAUCUUUCCAAGGAAUCCAGAUCACAAAGACAAGGAGAUUGAACCGAUCAGCAUCUUCUCCGAAUUGUGCGAUGUCAUGUGUUAUCCACUUUUCUACCCAGAUGGACUUGGAGGUUGGGGAUUGAAAAAAUAUCCUCGCUACACCGGAAAAAAGAGUGAAACACCAACAUUCGAACAACGAAUCAAAGAGCAUUUGGAAAUCAUCAAGGAAAAUGGAGAGGACCCGGACGAUUACUUCGACUACGACUUCACUACAGAAUUCAAAAACAUGGAAAUUUCGAAAUCAAAUGAAAAACAAAAAAAGAAGCCUGCUGACGAUGACAUGGACAUGGAUGAUGACAUGGAUGAUGACAUGGACGAUGACAUGGACGAUGACAUGGAUGAUGACUAUCAGAAAGAUGAGGCCGCCUUGAAUGAAGAGGAUGAUCCGAUGAACUUGGACAAUGAAAAAAUUUUGGCAUAUGGAGAACUUGAAGACAUGCAAGAAAACCCAUUGAACGAUGAAAUCGGACAAGAACCCAACUUGAUUAGAGUGGAAAGGUACGGAGAAUAUUAUUACGUGCUGGAUAAGAGCAAGAAGACAAGGGACAUCCCUCUGACUGAUAUGGAUCCAUUCGGUCCAGAAGAUAUUGCGACAUUCAAUUCUGACGGCGAGGAAGAAGAAUUUUUCGAUGUCAGCAAUUAUGUCUGGCAAACCGAAUUGGAGGAGAAAGAAGUGGAAGUUCCUGGAGAAGACGAAGAAGUUGCUGAGGGAUGUGCAAAAGCCUAUGAGGAAUAUGAGGAUGGCCUCGAUGACCUCGAUUAA